AUGUUUCUGAGGAAUAGCUGGUUUUGUGCUCGCUGGGCAUGGAAAAACAUGAAAAAGGGCUUAAUAGUCCUUGCCUUCUUCCUCUUGCACGUUUCUGAUCUGGAAGGUAGAACGUCACCUCCCUUUGUCUGGAAAACAGGUCACUGGGGACGAUGUAUUGGUGACUGUGGUUCAGGUGGUGUUCAGAGCCGAGUAGUGUGGUGUGUACACUCAGAAGGCUGGACAACCCAUCAUUCAAACUGUGAACAAAGUGAUAGACCUGAAUGCCAGAGGAGCUGCUUUAAAAUAUGUGAUUGGCACCUUGAACUCUUUGAGUGGGAAGUUUCAGAAUGGAGCAUAUGCGUUCUAGUCCCUUUUGCCCACGGUGAAGUCAAACCAAGGACUUCAGAGUGUGUGACUGCACAGCACGGAUUACAACACAGAACUGUGCAAUGCAUACAAAAGUUGAAUAGAACAGUGGUUUCGAAUGAGAUUUGUGGAUAUUUUACUCCUCAGCCAUCUACGGAACAAGCCUGUCUAAUACCUUGCCCGCGAGAUUGUGUCGUAUCCGAAUUUUCUGCCUGGUCUGAAUGUAGCAAACAUUGUGGAAAAAGUAUACAGCAUAGAACCCGUUUUAUUAUUGCUCCCCCACUCUAUGGUGGAAGCAAAUGUCCAAAUCUCACUGAGUCCAGGGUCUGUGAGGUUUCCAUGUCUUGUCCUCAUGCGGAAGAGGAAUAUUCCUACAGUCUUAAAGUUGGACCUUGGAGUAAAUGCCAGUUGCCUCAUCUGAAAGAGCUUAACAUGGUUGGGAGAACUAUUCUGGAUUUCAGUUCAGAUUCAUUAGAGCGAAGCACUUUUAAGCUUGAAAUGGUUGAAAAUUUGCAACAUUCUCACAAAUUUAGGUCCCAUUACAAUUCCAGGGCUUGGGAUAUAGAAAUUGGUUAUCAAACAAGGCAGGUGAGGUGCACAAGAAAUGAUGGGAAAAAUGCUAUAUUGAGCCUUUGUAUGCAAGAAGCUAUCCCUUUGACCUUUCGCUCCUGCAUUAUUCCUAAAGACUGUGAAACAUCAGGCUGGUCUUCCUGGAGCUCCUGUUCAAAGACUUGUUACUCAGGGGAUCUCUCACCAGGAUUCCGCAGAAGAAGAAGGAUUAUAAUACACGAGGCUCUUGGAGCUGGGAAGGAAUGCCCUGAAACUGAAGAAAGAGAAGCCUGCAAUACUGACGGUGGAGGAAAACACCUUCAGCCUUGCCCAAGAUAUUCAUGGAAAACCUCUGAAUGGAAGGAAUGUGAUGUUUCUCUCCUGUUGGAAAGGCAGGACCCUCGACUCGAUAAACAUGCAGCACUCUGUGGAGGUGGGAUACAGAUCCGUGAGGUCUACUGUGCCCAGACAACUUUGGAGGAAACGCACAAGUCAAAGGAAGUGACUAGACCUGUGGAAAAGAAACUUUGCCUUACUCCUGUUCCUCCUGCUUCUCAACUGUGUAGCAUUCCGUGUCCUCCUGAUUGUGUGGUUUCUUCCUGGUCAGCAUGGGGCCCUUGCAUUCAUGAAGACUGCCAAGAAAUUCAAGGAAGAAAAGGUUUCAGAAUGAGGCACAGACACAUUGUUGUGGAUUCCAUUGGUAAUUCUGAGAACUGUCCACAUUUGAUAGAGGCUAUUCCAUGUGACAAUCCAAUGUGUUAUGACUGGAGCAUUUCAGAAGGAAACUGUUUCCCUUAUAAUGGAAUAUGUGGACAAGGAAACCGUGUGCUGUAUGCCCAGUGCAAAAACAACAAUGAUGAGGAUGUAGCUGAUGAUUUUUGUGCUGAUUCUCCAUCGCCUUCCAAAACAACAACUUGUGAAGUACCCUGUGGGAUGGAUUGUGUUGUGACGGAGUGGUCGCAAUGGUCACCUUGUUCUCAGUCCUGUUCCAAUAAAAAUUCAGAGGGCAGGCAAAGCAGAACAAGAUCGGUGCUGGCAUUACCAGGACAAGGUGGAAAGCAUUGUCCUCCUCCUUCAUCACUCCAGGAGUAUCGACUGUGUAAUGAGCAUUCUUGCAAUCAGCUAUACUGGGAAACCUCUGCAUGGAGUCUCUGUUCAGAAAAUGCCCUGCUAACAACUGUGAAUACUACUAUCAAUUGGAACAACAAGGCAACCUGUGGAGUUGGAGUCCAGACUAGGAGGGUGUUUUGUUUGAAAAAUAACUCUGGCCAGGUCCCAGCUAAAAGGUGUCCAGAAUCCAUUAAGCCAGAAACCAUCCGCUCAUGCUUGCUCCCGUGUAAGAAAGAUUGUGUAGUGACCCCCUUCAGUGAAUGGACACGCUGCCCUACCAUCUGUCAACAUGGGAAUACCACUGCAAAAAAACAGUCCCGCUACAGGAUCAUCGUUCAAGAUGCACUUAAUGGAGGAACAGAAUGCCCGGACACUUUAUUUGAAGAGAGAGAGUGUGAAGGUGUUUCACUUUGUCCCACCUACAGUUGGAAGAUCCACAAAUGGGGUCAAUGCUUAUUGGUGCCUGAUUCAGUAAGACAAGGUGUAUUAGGAAUCAAUGAAGCAUGUGGGCCCGGUUUGCAAUCAAGAGUUGUGACAUGCACCUUGGAAGGUAAUCAUUCAGUAGAUGCCAGUGAGUGUUUGAAGUGGGCAGGACCGAUGCCUUCCCUUGUCCAGGAUUGCUCAGUGCCUUGCAAAGAUGACUGCAUAUUUACUCCUUGGUCUAAAUUUACAGCAUGCACUUCCGAUUGUGAAUCAACACGGACCAGAAGAAGAACUCUCACAGGAAGAAGCAAAAAGCGAGAGAAGUGCCAGAAUACCGAAGUCUAUCCUCAGCUUGAGACGGAACUCUGCCCUUGUGUAAUAUUUACCUCCCAGCCUUAUGGAAAUUGGUCGGAAUGCAUCAUUGGGGUAGGAAGAACAGAGCUGCAGUUGGAGAUGAGAUUUCAGAGACAUGGCAAAGAAUGUGGAGAAGGUGUGCGCUUCCGAGCACUUGCCUGCUAUGAUAAGACCGGCAGAGUUGUAGAUCCCUCUCGGUGCAACCACUCAG